UGCGUUCUCACCGUCGUCCACACAACACACAGAUCCAAGAUGUCAACCAUGAACUGGUGCGGGCGUGCGGGCGUGAUUGCCGCUGCUUCUCUCCUCCUGCUGUUGUUGGCCGCCCAUUCCCAUGCCGGACCCGUUGCCAAGAGGGACAUCGCUGAUUUGCUCGAUGGAAAGGACAAACGCCCCUUCUGCAAUGCAUUCACCGGAUGUGGAAAGAAGAGGUCCGAGCCCAAAAUCGAACCGCUGACCUCGGGCGCGGAACUCGACGCCCUCGCCAAGCACGUCGUCGCCGAAGCCAAGCUGUGGGAACAACUCCAGAACAAGAUGGAGGUCAUGCGCUCUCUGGCCGCCCGCAUGGAGGACCACCCGAUCUUCAGGAGGAAAAGGUCCCCCGCCCUCGCCCACGGCCCUCAGGCUGCCGCGCCCUCCCAAAACCAGCAGAUUGAUACUGACAAGCAGUGAGGAAGAAUGAGUAAAGAGAAAAAAAACAAAGAAAAAAAAUAACCUGCAAGUCUCGUAGCGUUCGCGUAUCUCCCCCGUAUUCAGUAACUUGAUGCAGUUCACAGCGUUCGUGUAAGAUCCCACGUGUUCCGACUCGUGAAUUUCGAUUUUGCGCAGGUUAAACAAAUUUAAUAAAUUUCUUUGUGCCUGAAUGAGAGGUUUUUGGCAUCGUGUCUUGUAUGAUUCUUAUAUAUUUUUGUUACACCCGAUGCUUUUGAAAAUCGUAAAAUGAAACUAUUUCAUAGGGAGAAAAUUAAGAGGAAGUCGAGUCACGAACACUGGGAUCGAACAUUGGCUUUUGUGGCCAUCAUUCUGUCAUUGCCGAUCAACGUAUAGUCAUUCACAAAUAGAGUUGAAAGAUGUAUUAUAGAUAUUCUUUUCUUUUCCUUCUCUUUGAUUUGACUUUGAUCUUUGCUUUUGUGUUUUGUGAGAGAAUGGCGUAUUUUGUAAAGGACUUUGGAUAGCGGAAACGAACAUGGGACUGACGUCUUCACAUUCCUGGACGAGACGAAUAUAAAUAAAACGAAUAAAAAUGGCAAAAAAAAUAUAAAAAAUAUCGUAAGCUCCAGCUCAAUCCUCGUAAAAGGAGAGAAAGAAAAAAUAUAUAUUAUAUUUAUUUUCUAACUCCAAGGUGUUGAAAGAGAACUGUGUGACUUGGUGUUCGAAUAAAGAGUCCCAACUUUUCCUCCAA